AGUUGCACUCAGAAAGGAUGCGGCUUAGUUCCAACUGAGUCUGCAUUUGGAGACCUAUCAAGUUUACCAGGGGUGGGGCGAGGAAACCUAGACUCUGGGUGGAAGCUAGUGUAAAUCUGACCUCGUGAGUGUCUGGAUCAGGUCUGCAGCCCUGUCAGCCUUGCUUCAGGACCGGGUUUGGGGUAGCAGAGGCAGCCUCUGGAAUUCUAAAGUUACCCGACUGCCUCUUCUCCAGUUGUCUGAAGUGGUCUUGAGGCAGGACACCGCCCAGAGGCAUGGCACUCUGGCGGGCAUACCAGAGAGCCCUGGCUGCACAUCCGUGGAAGGUCCAGGUUCUGACAGCUGGGUCACUGAUGGGCCUAGGUGACAUUAUCUCACAGCAGCUGGUGGAGAGGCGGGGUCUCCAGGAACACCAGACAGGCCGGACUCUGACCAUGGUGUCCAUGGGCUGUGGCUUUGUGGGCCCUGUUGUCGGAGGCUGGUAUAAGGUUUUAGACCGUCUUAUCCCCGGCACCACCAAGGUGGAUGCACUGAAGAAGAUGUUGUUAGAUCAGGGGGCCUUUGCCCCAUGUUUUCUAGGCUGUUUCCUCCCCCUGGUAGGAGUAUUCAAUGGAAUGUCAGCCCAGGACAACUGGGCCAAACUACAGCGGGACUACCCUGAUGCCCUCAUCACUAACUACUAUCUCUGGCCUGCUGUGCAGUUAGCCAACUUCUACCUGGUCCCCCUGCAUUACAGGUUGGCUGUCGUCCAGUGUGUUGCUGUUGUCUGGAACUCUUACCUAUCGUGGAAGGCACAUCAGCUCUAAGCCUGCCUGCUUCCGUGGCUUACGCCUUGCACUGAUGCAUCUUCACCCUGGAAUGCUUGGACAUGGUCCUCACAGAGAGCACAUCAGGCCUGGCGGGUGGCUCAGCUGCUAACUAAGAACACAGACUGCUCUACACAGGGCCAAGUUUGGUUCCCAACAGCCAUAUCGGGUGGCUCACAACCACCUCAAGCUCCAGGAGAUCCGUGUCUUCUGGCCUCUCGGGCACCUGCACUCACACGCACAUACACAUGAAUGAAGACUUACUCAUAAAGCAUAAAAUAAAGUCUUUCUUAAAAAGA